ACUGCGUGUUUAGGUGUGGGAUUCACAUGAGUAAGCAGUCGUACCGAAGACGGCCUGAAGUCAGUUGACACCCGAAACUGAUCACGCAUACAGUGUGUCACACAGAAUCAACACUGACAGGAGCUGAGAGCCUUAUCACACUUCAGUUUUACUUUCCCACAAUGGCUUUAUUGAACGCCUGGAACGUCUCUUUGGACAUCAACAACAGCUAUUUCAAGUCCAACUUCUCAGAAUUAGAGGACACACAACCUACGGGGAAGAACUGGGCAUCUCUGGUCAUUCUGGCCAUUAUAUUUUUCACUGUUGCGGGGAAUAUACUGGUGAUUAUGGCGGUGUCCAUCGAAAGCAAGCUUCACAACGCCACCAACUACUUCUUGUGCUCUCUGGCCGUAGCAGACAUGCUGGUGGGAUUCCUGGUUAUGCCAGCCUCACUUAUCACUAUUCUUUACAAUCACACCUGGCCUCUGCCGGACCUGCUCUGUCCCAUGUGGAUCUUCCUCGAUGUGCUCUUCUCCACCGCCUCCAUCAUGCACCUGUGCGCCAUAUCUCUGGACCGCUACAUCGGCAUCCGUGACCCGUUCAAAUACGGCCGCAGCAACUCACUUUGCAAGGCCAUGCUCAAAAUAAUCAGUGUUUGGACCAUUUCUAUAGUGUUGUCGCUGCCCAUUCCAGUAAUGGGUUUCCAGGAUAAGCAGAAGGUGUUUGUGAACGGCACCUGCGUGUUGAACGAGCCUCGCUUCGUCCUGGUGGGCUCAUCCGUGGCCUUCUUCGUCCCUCUGGUCAUCAUGGUGGUCUGCUAUUACCUGACUCUCCGGGAUCUCCAGAAGCACAGCUCAUCUUUCCCGCAGGAGAGCAAGAGCCUCUCCACAUGUUCCUCCGCUAAGAUAACAGACACAAGUCUGCUCAACAGUGAGUCCUCCUCUAAGAAGUUCACAUUUUCGAUCAGCAAACGUGUGUUCAGAUCUCCACGAGGCCAGGAUAAAAAAGGCCUUAUGCAAAAUAUCCAAAACGAGCAACGAGCCUCCAAAGUCCUGGGGAUCGUCUUCUUCCUCUUCCUGGUCAUGUGGACUCCGUUCUUCAUCACGAAUGUGCUGAUCGCUCUCUGCCGGGACGACUGCGGGGAGGUUCUCUAUAAACUCAUUAACUUCUUUGUCUGGGUGGGAUACGUGUCCUCAGGAGUGAAUCCCCUGAUCUACACCCUUUUCAACAAGACGUAUCGCCAAGCCUUCGCUCGCUACCUACAGUGCAGAUAUCAUGAGGAGAAGAAGGUCCAGUCCAACAGAACAUGCUGACACACGCUUACAACUGAUCAGUAAUAGACU